AUGGAUCCCCUAGAAAUUCUCGAGUUGGACACUCCCGACUUCUUCGUCUCGGCGGGCAUCACUCGCCAGGCCUGCGACGACUGGCUCCGCCGCUUCCACGAAGGCAGCUUCACGCCCCUCCCAGAGCAAAGCAACAGCAGCUACUCGGUCUGCGUCGGCCAAGACCAGGAUCGCAUUCUGCAGUUCCGGCUCAAGCCGUCUCCUCUGGAUGCGGACGCCAUCAACUUGGCACGGCGAAUCUAUGGAUCCAGCGUACCGGCUGUUGUGGUCGAGGCCCAGCUGGGCGACGACGACGGUGAGAAGCCGCCAGUGCUGGUGUAUUCAAUAGAUUGCAUGCGCGGGACUGAUUAUUCGUCAUAUUUGUUUUUCUUCGCUGCAGCAUGGAACUCUCCUAGACAACUCUGCUCAGAAGAUCGCGCCGUGGAAAAACAGACCCACAUCAACAAUUUACAGAGUCUAUUAUGCCUACCAGUAGAGUUCCAUCCCAUUAUUCAAGCGUGUAUCAAGCAGAUGGAUGCCGUCAUGCGCCUACCCAUGGUGGUAUACCAUACAAACCUUUCCAAAGAAAGUUUUACCGUAGACCACGAAUGCCAGCUGGUCGGCAUCCUCAGCUGGUCGAGACUUGCCAUUGGACCUUUUGGGCUCAACCUCCACGUGCUCGAAGAAAUCUCCGGAGACUUUAGUUUGCAAUAUGGCCGAUCCGACUUUUUCGACCACAAAGACCUGCAAUGCUUAUUCUGGGAUUCCCUUUCGAGGGCGGUGGGCGGCUUGACCCCAAAAAAGACUCGUUCCAUCAAAGUGGCAAUGAUUGUUGGGUUUUUGCAGCGCUGGGGGCUUGCGUGGAAGCUUGCCACGUACCCGGGCCCGGAAGCUGCUUCGACUGUUGAUGAGAUUUCGCAGUUUAACCUGGCGGUGAUGAAGUCCUACCUCAUAGACCCGACGACGAGGUUUGAAGGGGUAAAAGAGCUGUUGGCGUGA